AUGGGCAACCAGAACGGAAUCAAUGAUGAGAGAUAUGUAACCCACAAAAAGUAUUACCGGGAAACCAAACGAGUUUCUGACAUACUUGUCAUUGAGAAUGUCCCAGAGUAUCAAAGUGCUACAGCUUCUGCUGAACUAGGGCCCCACUGGUCUUUGGAAUCGGUGGUAUUGGAUCCGAGACUCUUCGGAGUUCCAGCAUCUCGUCCACGGAGAUUCAUCCUUGCCUUCGACAAGAGGAAGGAUGCCAAACGAUUUCUGGAGCCCGAGGAACUGCUGUCGUCUCACAUCCUGCCAGUGACCGCUGAACAGGGUUUCGGCUUUCAGGCGUUGUGCAUUCCUGCAAGGGGCAGGUCUUGCGCGACUUUCGAUGUUGAGGGAGGCGAACAUCCUGUUCAGAUGCUGGUGGAUGAUUUGACACCACAGCUCUACCUACCCAUCCAAGAGUGGCUCGAGCAUCUUAUCCCUGGUUUUCCUGAGAAGACGGACGAUUUGGUGGAUAUUCCUCUCUUGGCCAUCUAUUUUCUACCCCCGGCAGAUGGUCUUCCUCUCUUUCAUGCGUGGCUAGUCACUGCAAAGGAUGUGUGGCACCGUGGCUAUGAAGGCCAUCGUGAAAUUCUUGAGAUUCGGUUGAAUGACCGGGUGGACCUGGUGGACCAUGGAUUCCGUUCCUUUAUUCCCACGAAAGGUCUGGGGCGUGUCUCCUGCAUCUUGUGGGCAGUUCUUUGGAGCUAUUUCAACAGGGAUUCCAUGGAUGGAGAUGCCAAGUCGGAUUUCAUCAGGUGGCUCCACUCUGUGAAGUCCCUCAAGUGCAAGGUCCAGUCUGCAGGGGUCGCGGAGCUGAGGUGGCGCAGGAUCCAGGACACCGUCAAGUACCCGGAGUCAAAGUACAAGGAUGCGUUCUUUGCUGCGAUGGAAGAGUACAACCAGUAUGGCAUUGCUGAGGUCAGCUCCCGCUACCGACUGGACAAAACUGCCAUGGAUGAACUUUAUGGGUUCAAGGUUGGUGUCUGCGAGAAAGCAUUUGAGCUCCUCCAGAAGCACUUGCACUGCUUCAAGUUUGAAGCGCGGGCCGGCAAGGCAUGUUCCGUCCGUUUGCCCUUGACCGAAUGGCUCACUGAGUGCGAUCGGAUGUGUUUCGUUUCCCACGUCUUGGCGUUGAUGGCUUAUUGGAAGGAUGAGCACGGCACCUAUGUGUUUGACAAUGGUGUCAUUGAGAAUCUUCUCAAGCGUGCUGUGGAGGGGAAUCUUGUUUUAUGUGGUAGUUUCAGGGUAGGGUGGUCCAACUAA